UUUUGGUACGAACCGAGCUGCGCCGACGACUUUUCUGCAAGGGAGCUGGUGUGUUUGUCGAUGCAGGAGUAGAAGACAACACGCCACCGAAAUCGUCACCAAGCUGCCACCGAUUGAGAGCUACACCACCCAGCGUUCACGAGCUCCAUGGACGACUUCUUUUUCAGCGAGAAGGAAGCGGAGGGAUGCUUUGACGGCGAAAUGAGUGCUUCCGACUUGGAAAAACUCGAAGUGGAAGAAGACAUGCCCGAGGUACCGCGGGCGAACAUGCUACUUCGUACAGGGCUCAAGCAGCAGAAGCUGAGCGUGCUCGUGUCCAUUCCCAAGAUCCUCGCGGCCACCAAUUCGAAGGAAAACCUCUCCACGAUUCUCGAAGCGAUCAAGCAUACUUGGAAGAAGGGGGAGACGGACAAUGACGUGGAAGUUAUCAACGAAGUGUUCACGUGCAUCCAGAACUUGGCCAGCGUCACCGCUGAUGGCAAAAUCAUCACAUACCCGAUGACGUCGUUGUUUGAAGAGUUCGAUGCGUCGUUGCGGCAAUACAACGAUGAGAAGGUGACUGCUGUCUUCUUGUUGACGGAAGACCAAGUAACCAAGCAAUUGCUGCCACUUGUGCUCGAAUUUGUGCAUGAACUGCAGCUCAAAGACCAUGCGGAGGUUGCGAGUCAUUGCGUGGCUGCCAUGAUUCCACGCCUGUCGGGGUCGCUGAAAAAGACUCAAAUCAUUCGUAUCGGCAUCGAAAAAGGCGACGUGUCCCAAGGCGCGGGGUCCCGGCUGAUCUGCUGUCUCAUCCUUGGCGUCCUCACAGCAUCCACUCUCCUGUCGGAACAAGAUAUUGAUGGGCUUUUCUUCCAAAAGAUGAUGGCGCUGUGUCAGGACACUGAUGCUGAAGUCCGAAGGUGUAUGUGCAUGCAGCUGGACGCUCUGGCUCGGGCAAUCGGGCAACACAAAGCCAGUGCCGAGUUGCUCCCCGAGUUGCUGGAAUUGCUUCAAGACGAAGAGGAACAAGUGAAAGUUAUGGCAUUUCGUACAUUGCUGUCGUUGUACGAUUACUUUCCUGCGCGUGACCGCCGCGACGUGAUUCUCCCAGUGCUGUCUGAGAUCUUGGAGCACCCGCCGUGCUAUUUAAUUUUGCCCCUUGCGACGCAAUUUGGUCGCCUCGUCUUCAAGCUGUUCUCGCUCGGAGAUUUUACCACCGAUCACACUGCAACCUUCCAAGCGUGCUACACAUCACUGAGUCGCAACGACUGUCCCGGCGUUCGACUCGAAUGCGCGCGAAACUUUCCUGCUGUUGUCCAAGCGUUUGGCCCAGCCCAGUACUCUCCCCACCUCGAUGACCUCCUCCAAGUGUUCCUCCAAGAUUCGUCCGAGCCAGUUCGUCAAAGUGUAGUGUCCGGCCUACACGAAAUCGCGACUCUUCUCGGUCCGCAGCGCGCCCAGCGUUACCUCAAGGCCACGUCUCUAUCUGUCUUCAAGGACGAGUCGCCAACAGUCCAAGGCCACCUCAUCGCUUGCCUUCCUUCCCUCGUUCCGACGAUUUGCACAGGUGUCGACGACGACUCCAAGAGUUCGUAUAUUGACGCCGUCUUGAAAGCGAUUUUACACCAUCACACGAUCAUCGCACCGGGGCGGUGGCGGGAGCAACUGGCUGUCGUCGAGUCGCUGCAGCAAUUUCCCUCGUUCGUAUCGUCCACACAGCUCUUUGAACGCGUGUGCCCAUUGCUCUUUGAGCUGAUGAAUGCGGGAGCUCGACCAGUUCAAGUCGAAGCGGCCCGAGUCCUUGUGGCUGUGAAUCGUGAGAACAAAAUCACUGCAAACCGUGUCAACGUCCUCCUGCGAUUGAGAAAAGAGUAUGCUCUCGGCAAGAACUUUUGGCAGCGCACUCUGUAUUUGGACGCGUGCAACUUUGCGUGCGACUAUUACAGCCACCACUACUUUCGGUGCAACUACCUCGAUCCAGCGAUCGAUUUACUCGAGGACCCGGUGCCGAACGUUCGGCUGAAAGCGUUUGCACUUUUGCCCAAGUGGAAGCCCGUGCUGAAUGUGCUAAACACGGGCGACGAUAAGGUCAUUGGGCGCAUUCGAAGCUUGUUGGAGGCAACCCACGAGCCCGAUCGAGACGUGCUUUACACGGUGCACGACGUGCGAGAAGCGUGGUUUCACGACAAAGAGGAUAAAGCACUGCAGGACCUGGCGAUGGACAAACAGAAGGCAGCGAUGGAGGAGGCAGCGAGUUUGAACGGCGACCAUGAAAUGUACUCGUCCGAGGCCAAGUGGAGCGAAAUGCUAGAGUAUACGUUGAUUGUGGGCAAAGAUGGACAAGUCGUCCGUCGCGCACGUGUGAAAUCCAUCGACAUUGUCAACAAACUUCGCCAACAAACCAAGGACAUGACGUCUGCGCGAGGGACCGCGUCAAGUGCCAGUAGUGGCGGCAACCUCCGCUCCACGACCAAUGCCGCCAUGGCGAAAGCUGCGGCAGAAAAACCCACAACCAAGCUCCCCACAACGUCCCCGUCUUCCAUGAAGCAACAACCUGCGCCACUGUCAACUUUGCCAACAUGCACACCAGGGUUCUCUCAGCUGAAUGCGUCAGCAGCUGCGAAGAUGCCAAGCGCAAGUGGGUCGUUGUCGGCUCGAGAGGGCAAGGGUGCAAACCCCACGACAAACGCGACCUCACUCAAGCAGCUGGCGGAUGCCAAGGCCGCGAUCCGACUCAACCCGACAAAGGCCGCGGUGGCGCCUGGAAGUAGUUGUGGGGGGCGUCCUGCAAAGGACAAAAAGGAAGAGACAACUCUGACUAAGAUCCCUAACAUUCCCGUGCCGACGCGACCCGCCGCAGCGCCACCGGCGAAGCGUGUGCAGAGUCCAUCCACAACAAAAUCCACAGCGUUGAACUCGACAAAUGGCAGUCGAACGGCGUCGGGAUCUGCAUCUGUGUCAACGGCAAAUGUCAAGGUCACACCACUGGCCAAGCGCUGACCAGUUGAGCUGUCGUUACUAGGGCUGAACAUAACACCUUCUCCUUUCACGCAUCUUUCAUCACCGCCAUCGCCAGUCUUACUCGGUGCCAUCGCCGCGAGCCUUUGUCGGGUUUCUUC